AUUCUACAUUUUUUGGUACCUUGCGUUGAUCUGUUGUUUACCGGCGCACAGCGCAUUCCUGUGACAGUUAUCCCUGGGUGUGUCAGCGGAUAAUUAGAUUUUGGAAUUCAAAUUUGAAUUACGAAUACGAGCCAUAACAAUGUCUGAUGAAUCUGGAGACACCGGUGCCGGAAAGGCCGAGACUCGCUGGCUGCCGCUCGAGUCCAACCCAGAAGUGAUGAACAGCUUCCUCUACAACCUGGGACUGUCGGCCAAGUGGGCGGUGACCGACGUGUUCGGCAUGGAGCCCGAGCUGCUGGCCAUGGUGCCGCAGCCAGUGGCGGCUGUCCUGCUGCUCUACCCACUCACUGAGGUGGCCCAGACGGCGGCAGCCAACGAGGACAACAAGAUCAAGGCCGAGGGCCAGGUGAUGUCGCCCAAGCUGUACUUCAUGAGGCAGACCAUCAGCAACGCCUGCGGCACCGUCGCGCUGAUGCACGCGCUCGCCAACAACCAGGAGGCUCUGGAGCUAAGCAGCGGUCCGCUGGCCGAGUUUUUCAGCCAGACGGCCGGCCAGACGCCGGAGGAGCGCGCAGUCUCACUGGAGAAGUUCCAGCAGCUCGAGGCGGCCCACGAGGCCGCCAGUCACGAGGGACAGACGGAGACGCCGUCGCGCGAUGACAAGCUCGACAAGCACUUCAUUUCGUUUGUCCAGGUGGACGGUCAUCUGUACGAGCUCGAUGGCAGGCGCCCGGCUCCGGUGAACCACGGCCCGAGCUCGCCCGAGACCUUCCUGUCGGACGCAGCCAACGUGGUCAAGGCAUUCAUGCAGCGGGACCCGACGGAGGUGAAUUUUUCAAUGCUCGCCCUCGCUAGUUCGCAAUGAUCUGUUUGAGAAGCUCUCUGCCGGUGGUGCCUAGUGCCCCGCGAUCUGCCCCUUUCUCUCAGAGCAAUACCUACCGAUGAGCCAGCCGCAUCUGUCUUUCGCUGUUUCGCUGUAUCGGAUUUGGCUCUGUUUCGUUUGACUAAAACCGUUACUUUGACGCGUAGUUUUGGAUUAUUUUGAGUGAAGAUUGCCAGCGAACGCUUACCAGGGUGUUUGGCACAUGUGCGACAACAGGAAGGUAAAAGGCAAGACAUAUGAUUUCUGUGAUAUAGGCAGUCCAGUCAACUGUGAGGAGUUUCCUUCGUGUAUUUUUUUUUUUUUGUGAAAUAAACUUGGCUAAAUUUGUC